CUCGUCUCCCCGUCGUCGGAGGUUUUCCUCGACCCCUAACCCUAAUUUAGACGAUCCCAACCAGGUCUUGAGUUACGUGAGGAGAAAUUGCAGAGCUGGUGGUGGUUUGUUUACGAGUGUCGGUGAUGCCCUGUGUUGCUUCGGUAAAAUGAUAAAGGCGAGCCCUUUGCCUUCCUCCAGGGAUUUCAAUCUACUGUUGGGCGCUAUAGUGAGGAUGAAGCACUACUCGACUGCCAUCCGCUUGAUUGAGCGGCUGCCUUCUUUGGGGGUCGAGGAUGAUGUUGUGUUGCUCACUAUUUGGAUGAAUUGCUUCUGCCGGUUAAGGCGGGUUGAUUUGGGUUUGUCUAUUCUGGGCAGAAUCUUCAAGCUUGGGUUUCCCAUCACUGUGGUGACGUCGAGCACCCUGAUUGACGGUCUCUUUAUUCAGGGCAAAACUGAUCAAGCCUUGAGGUUCCUCGAUGAUAUGGGACGAAAUGGCCCCGAACCUAAUGAGACCACGUAUGCGAUAAUUGCCAAGGGGUUAUGCAGGGCAGGUAACACCAGAUUGGCCGUUGAAUUGCUGGACUGGGAAGAGAGAAGCUGCAGGCUCGGUUCCUUUGCAUACGGCAUAGUAAUUGAUGGUCUUUGCAAGGAGGGAUUGAUCACAGAGGCGUUGAGACUCCACGGCAUUAUGAGCAAGAAAGGCGUCAAACCAAAUGUUGUUACUUAUAACACCUUGAUCCACGGUCUGUGCGAUGUAGGCCAGAUGGAAGAUGCUCUCAUAUUGUUGAAAGAGAUGACAAGCGGAGGCAUCCAACCCGACAUAUUCACUUAUAACUCCUUGGUUCAUUACUUGUGCAAGCUAGGCCAAUGGAAAGAUUCCCAAAGACUGCUGAGUCAUAUGGUGCAAAGCAGAGUCAUGCCGAAUGUUCAAACCUUCAAUAUUCUGGUGGAUGCACAUUGUAAAGAGGGAAUGCUUGUAGAGGCAGAGGCCAUAAUCAACCGGAUGAUUCAAUUAGGUAAAAUGCCUGAUAGUGUCACUUACAAUGCAUUGUUGAACGGUUAUUGUUUGCAAAAUAGGAUGGAUGAUGCUCUGGUGGUUCUUAAUUUGAUGGUUGAAAGAGGCUGCUCACCUAAUGUUGUUACCUAUAACAUGUUGAUUAACGGAUACUGCAAAGUGAAAAGAAUUGAAAUAAAAAUACUGUUCCAAGAAAUGCUUGAAAGGGGCUUGAAUCCUGAUGUCAUCACGUACAACACUCUCAUAAGUGGAUAUUGCCAGGUUGGGAACCUAGAAGCCGCGGGGGAGCUAAUUAACGAGAUGCGAUCUCAUGAUCUGUAUCUAAAUCAUUAUACCUUGAAUUCUUUCCUGGAUGGCUUGUGUAAAACACGACAGAUUGACAAGGCCAUGACAUUGCUUCAAAAGAUGGAAGGUUCCAAAUUCGUCCCAAACAUUGUGACUUACAAUAUUAUAAUGAAUAGCAUGUGUAAUGCCGGAAAGCUCGACGAUGCUAAGGGGCUGUUUGAUUCUUUGCAUGCUCGAGGCUUGCAACCUAACAUGUCGACAUGUAACAUUCUCAUGCAUGGGUUGUGCAAAGGAGGACGUACAGAGGAAGCAUAUCAGCUCCUAAAGGAGAUGGAAGGAAAUGGAUGAUUUCCAGAUGGGGUCAAUUAUAACACAAUAAUCCAAGGACUACUAAGAAAUAACAAAAGUACUAGAGCCGUGCAACUUGUCAGUGAAAUGGUUG